AUGGGAAUGAAUGGGACAAACUCUGCCCAUCAGAAACCGCACAACUCCACUGGCUCAGAACUCCUUCCGAGGCCGCGUAGCCUGUUACUCGGAGGGUUUGACUGGCCUGGUAUCAGGUUAUCCACAAUCUCACGCACGCGGGAAGUGCGUCACUGCUUGAAUUUCGAAAGGGCUGGAGCCCUCAAUCCCCAGGAGCAGGGGAGUGCCAGCAAGGUUGAGGCUCGGCUAUCCCUUUGCGGCCAGCGGCAGGGCAACCAUCCAGAGCCCAACACCCGGCGUCAAGAUCCACCAUCCAAAGUCAUCAUCUCCAGCCUGCUUUUUGAUCCAUCCCCUCCCCGAUCGUUUAGGCUGCGCAUCUUCCACGACCCUCGCAUUGAUCUUGAAACUCCUUUCCUUUCGUUUCAUCAGCCCCCCUACCUCUCUUUCUCUAGCGUUGCUCCGAUCGCCGUCCUCGCUUUAGCCCUUUUCGUUGAGCCGCCGGUCAAUUUCCACCCCUCUCCGCCCUCAUUCCCCCAUUUGUCGACCUGGGAUUGUACCUUGGCUCCCCACCAGCCACUUUGA